AUGCCGCUCGAUCAAAGUGGUGAUACUGGCGCCUACAGAUCGAGAGCCAACGUUGGCAUCACCGCUGGUACUUUCGGGAGAACGGCCACGGGAAGUGGGCUCCCGAGUUGCAGAAACAGCUACUCGUCGUCCAUCGGUUCCGGUUCCAGCCGGGUCCCUGGCAAGGACAGGGUUUCCGGCUACGGGAACGCGUUCCUCAAGAGAGACAAGCCUGAAGAAAAGCACACCUUCAAGUAUUCCAGUACGAAGGACACAGAGAAAAGUAGGCUGCACCCUGGAAGAUCGUCGACAGAGGACGUAAGGGCGAAGAGUCCAUUAUCGAGCAGCAGAUCCUCCCUGUUCGAGAAGUACUCGUUCCCAGCUGCUAAAACUUCAGACAGGCCCGCCUCCGUCCUCGACAGAUAUAACCGUGCCACUUCCCGCGAGAAGAGCAGAGAGCCCGACGGUGUAUCGAGAUACGGAUCAAACACGUAUCCCGGCUCGGGCUUGCCACGAACUUAUGGAAACGAAAGUAGAAUCGAGAAGAAAGAGAGGGCUGAUCAUCCGCCGGUAUCGUACCGUGGAUUACGGCCGAACUCGGGCAGGAGUUCCCGCGAACCUAGCCCGGAAGUGAACGUCGGGAAAUCGAACUCCUUCAGAGUGUACUCGAGGGCCCCUUCCUACGGUCGAUCCGGUGCCACUUCUAGCGCCUCCGAAUCGAGCUCGACGCCAAUCUCCUCGAGAUUCGGCUCGACAGCUGGUAGCAGGUUCCUCUCGUCGAGGAGCUCCAACGACCGGAUACCGGCAGCCAUAAGCUACUCCGGAUCGGACAGGUUCCGAACUUCAGGCAGUAAGCCUAUGCCGGCGAACUCCUCGAAGGACGAGGAUGCCUCGAAAUCCAAGCCGGAAAAAGACAAAAUCCCCGAGGUACGUUCUAAAUCCGACGAAUUCGAUGCCGACAACAGGCUUCAGGACAUGGAAACGAUCACGAUGGUGACAAGAGGAACGUCGCCGAGUCCACCAGCAUCCUCGUCCUUCGUGAGAAGCAGAAGAGCCGACAUAGGCAUCGCGAAUCAACGAGAAGUGAGUCGAGUUCGGAAGAAAAUCGACACCAAGGAUCAGGAGGUUCAAUGCGACCGAUUGGAAGAUAGCUCGAGGUUCUCGAGGUUCGGAGGAGGCGGAAGGAUAGCUGGAACACCGUGGUCCACGUAUCUGGACAAAUUUUCCACCUCGAACUCGAGCGGAGGUGGCGUGUACUCGAGAGGCUACAACGGAGGCGGCGCAGCGAAUUCUCGAGUGAAUAAUUUCGCUUACACAAGGUCGAACGACGCAGGUUCGAGGAACGAGUCGAAGAUGUCGCCUAGUUCUAGUCAAGAGAUACACGGGAACAGGAACCAAAACGAGCAGAAUGCCAAAGUGUUCGGUGGUUUGGGUUUCAGCAAAGUCGCCGGUGAUUCUUCCGGUACGAAAACCGAUUCGAAGGCUUCGAUCGGCGGUGGACAAGAGAAUAGGGAUCGUAAGGGGGAUAAGUUGCAAAACGGAGAGGCUCGACCGUGUACCGUUGGAAAGGCCGAAGGGAAAAGCGAUCGAUCGGCCGGACCUUCGGUCCUGAAGAGGGACAACUCGCCUCAGCAGAGUGGAAUUGUUGGGAAGAAUCAAGGUUCGCGGGAAAACGUUUCGAAAAGCGAAGAACAGCAGAGCAGCAGGGAAAGUUCGGUGUCGAAGAGCGAAAGUAGCAGUCAGAGAAGACCUUCUAUACCGAGAUUAGGACGAGCCGCGCCGAAGAGCGAAGUUAAGAUUGCAAAGUCGUCGUCGAGUUCGUCGACUAAGUCCGAUGGACUACGUGAGAGGAGAGGAUCAACGCCUAAGUCUGAUACUAGUUCGAAAUUGGACGAGUCUUCGAGGAUUGUUGAGGGACACUGUCGGGAACCGAGCGAAGACAACCAUUCGACGAAGAGUGAAAACGUCUCGUCUGCGAAAGAUUCUUUUCAGAGUUGUACUUCCCAGAGCAGAUCGACCACGUCGCAGUCCCGCAGCGGUUUCGCGAAAAGUCUUCCACGUCAAGUGACGCGAACGGACUCGUCAGACGGUUCCGCUGUAAAUGUGCCAAUUGGCAGAUCGAAAUCGUCGUCAGCCAGUUCGGUGACGAGUCAGGGUGCAAAAAUAAAGGCGACACCUCCGCCGUCGCCGGGGAAAACUUCCGUGGCGAGUUCGAGCGCGUCCUCGUCAGUGAAUCUGAGACAGGGCGGUUCGCCGGAUGCUCGUGGGAAACCACCUGUGCCGAAGAGCGACGCCACCGCGGCGUCCGCGUCCAAGAGCAUCGUUCCCAUCAAAUACGUGAACAAGGACUUCCGGAAGUCGACUCUGAACAUGGAGAACGGCGAUCCAACGCAGUCCAAGUACGCGAGGAAGAAGAAGAGCCAACGUAGCAUGUCCGUCAGCUCUCAAGAUUCGCAGUCCGAACCGAACUCCGAACCGAACGUUCAUCGUCAGGCGAUUCCGUCUGAAUCGAGCUCCAGCUCCGUGAAAUCGAACAAAUCGAGACUGAGAAUACCGUCCAGCGCAUCCUUGAAGAGUGUCGGUAGAAAAAGCGAGUCAACGAGUUCGUCGAGGCUUGACAAAUCAAGGAGCACCUCGAAAUCGCCAUCCGGGAGGAAAGACAAGGAAGACGGAACCUCGAGUUCCAGCGAGAAUACCGAAUCGAAUUCCUCGAAUUCCAGCAGCGAGGAGGAAGAGGAAGAUAACAAACAGACGAGACCGGGAUCGAGGCGACGGAAAAGACGAACGUCCAAGUCACCGUUCUGCGAGAAGAAAGGAAAGAUAAGCAGCACAGGAUCGUCGAGAACGAGCGUACUGGCAUCAUCUGCCGACGAGAUGUCUCUCACGAUGGACAAACCGCCGAGACCGCCGUCUAGCCCAAGAUCGAGAGGCGAUCGUCCUGGAAAAACGGAGGACGCGAAAUCGUUCCUGAUGAGGGCUCUCGCGCCAGUGACGAAUCUUUUCAAGAAUAAGCAUCAAGAUUCCAGCGAGUCCGGUAAAUCAGCUGGUGGUUGGCUGGAUUCCAACGAGGAGAGCUCCGACGUGAAAAAGUCGGAACAGAAUGUAGCUGCCGCGGCGGGUUUAUCGAAGAGUCUCUCGAAGAGCUUCAGCUUCACCAACUCGGAGAAGAGCGAGGAGAGGAGACAGAGCAACGCGAGGAUCAGGCGGAAUUAUUCCGGUGAACAGCCUUGGUGGAUGGACCCGAACUCAGACAACGUUCCCGAGGGUGUGGAGACAGGCAGUGUGUGCAACGACGACAUCAGUCAAGAGACAACAGUCAGCAGCACUCUACCUGACGAUGGCAAAUUUAAAUACAAAGUGUGGAGACAAGAAUCGGAGGAUCGAGCCUGGUGUUUCGACUCGAACGACAGCGGUGCCUCGGAGGACACGAGGAAGCAGUCGGCGACGAUUUCGAGGCAGGAAUCAGGGGAGAAGGGUUUCUGGUUCGAUUCGAACGAUAGCGCGCCGUCGGAGGAAACGAGGAAGCAAUCCUCGACGACAUCCAGGCGGAAUUCCAGCGAGAGGAGUCGUUGGUUGGAGGGGAACGAUAAGAUUCCCUCCGAAGAAUCGAAGAAAUCGUCGCGUUCGGCGUUGUGGAAGCAGGAUUCGGGCGAGAGAGCCUGGUGGUUGGACGCGAGCGACAACGCAGGCUCGGAAGAGUCGAAGAAACAAUCGUUAAACGCGUCUCCUGUUGCGAAACGAGAGUCUAGUCGUUGCAGCACCAGAUCGAGCGAUAGAAGAAAUCGUAUCAGGCAUCAGCAGUCCGGAGAACGAGCUUGGUGGAUGAGCGACAAUCCUGAGAACGUACCUGACGGUGUCGAAGUCAUUCCUGUCGCCACAACUCCUCCUCAGAAUCUGAGCAAUUACAACGACGAGGUGGAGGAUGGUCAAACGUAUCGCGGUAGAGUUAUAAACAAAGUGAGACACGUGGAGUCUGGCGAGAAGGCAUGGUGGAUGGACAGCUCGUCCAACGUUCCUGACGGCGUCGUUAAGAUUCCCGUGGAAACGUCGAACAGCACAUCCGACUCGUCCGAGUCGUUCGAGAGAAUCGAUAUUGGCGUUAACCCUGAACCUGAGACAUACGCGAAGAGAAGCCUCUCUAGAUUCCCUAUCGAGUUUCCGCCACCUCCGCCCGACGAGCCACUCGGGGAUCGAGCCAGUCCCGAAGGGGUGGAGAAUCCUCCGGACCCGCCGCGCAAUUAUGGCGGACGCGACUCGCCUUACGACAACGUGCAGCCAACACCCCGAAGAUCGUCACCAAGGAAACGACCCUCCACGUUACCGUUGUUCAUUGGCGAGCACACCAACAUCGACGACCUGCUGGGCGACACGGCCACCCUGUGUCCCAGCCCCAUCUUGUCUCGUAUCCGUGAACAUGAACGCAUAGUGAACGAGGAUACGGAGGAAGAAAGUUCCGAAUGCGAGGAGAUCGACGCAAACCAAGUGAUCAUCCACGACAGCACUCCGCAGACACCGGUGAUACAGCGGCGGCAUCGGGACAACGAGAGACCGCAACCUGACGGCUACAUUCCGCUUGACGAUACCGCACUGCAACUCUACAAAGAUGGUGACUAUGGCGCCUAUUUGGACCUCGAAGCUUCCAUCAGCGAGCAGCAGGAAGAAUUCGAGGGCUUCCAGACCAACCGAAAGAACUCGAUCGUUCUCAGGACACAGCUGUCCGUGAGGGUGCACACCAUCAUAGAAAAAUUGCUGAACAGCGAGGGCCGCGAGCUGCGACGAGCUCUCUUCUCCCUCAAGCAGAUCUUUCAGGAGGACAAGGACCUGGUGCACGAGUUUGUGCAAAAUGACGGGCUUGCCUGCCUCAUCAAGGUUGGCAGCGAGGCCGACCAGAAUUACCAAAAUUACAUACUACGAGCUCUCGGCCAGGUGAUGCUCUACGUGGACGGUAUGAAUGGAGUGAUGGAACAUGGUCAGACAGUUCAGUGGUUAUACACACUGAUAGCCAGCCGCUUCCGGCUAGUGGUGAAGACCGCGUUGAAGCUUCUGUUGGUGUUCGUCGAAUACGUGGAGACGAACAGCCUGCUGUUGGUCAGAGCCGUUAGGUCGGUCGAUACAUCUAGGGGAAUGAUACCAUGGACGAACGUGAUGAAGCUGUUGAAAGAUUACGACGCGGCUGACACGGAGUUACUGAUCUACGCGACUACGUUGGUCAACAAAUGCUUGAACGGUAUACCGGACCAGGACACUUAUUACGAUCAAGUGGACUGUUUGGAGGAGCAGGGUAUCGAGGGGAUCAUCCAGAGGUACAUGUCGAAACAGGGCACCGACCUCGACCUGCUUAGACAGUUCCAGAUCUACGAGGCCGUGCUGCACCACGAGGACGGGAACGAUAGGGGUUCGCCUAUUCGCCAGCUGGACGAUAACAUCAGGAAAACGCUGAGAAACCGGAAGUCCCUGGUGGAUUCACACGAGCGGCGGAAAUCUCGGCGACACUCGACGGGCACGUCUCCAUUGUCGAUGUCCUUGAACGCACGCCUAAGUCCGCGGCUCAACCACUCGUUGGGUUUAAGCUCCCUGAACAACACGCUAAACUCGAGCUUGCCCGACGACGACGACGAGUCGAGCAGCUCGCAAAGCUCGCAGGGUCACCUCGGCGAGGUUCAGUUAAACGGCAGCUACAAAGAGAACAAAGUGGACGUUGGCGUGACACCGGCGUUAAGACGUCGAAGGGAACGAGCCGAGAGGCAGAGGAGCUUUAUCAGGGAGCAGCAAGAGGCCACGGCGAAUAUGCGAGCAUCUGUGGUUCCUUCGGAUGAGCAGGAAAGUCCUUACGCGACGAACGGGUUGCGUUACACGAACGGCACGUCGUACGAAAGAAACGCGGACUCGCCGUCGAAUAAGCUGUCCAGGACGAAUAGUAGGAAGGACUUGACGCCCCUGAUGAAUGCUGCGAACAAACUCGACUCGGAGGAGAAGAAACCGUGGUACGGCAAGAGCCCGGACGAGGGUGUCGAGUGCGACGAGGGUAAUCACACCGACGAGGAUGAGGAUCGUCGAGUGGUUCUACAGCUGAAGAGGGAAGGAACCGUCAAGGAUCUCACACAAAAGCUGGCCGCUCAAAAUCUUAUACCGAGCAGCCCGGUCGAGGAGAAGGUUUCCAGGAUAGGGGACAUGAGCGGUCUGAUCUCGAAAGCAAAGGAAGGCCUGGCAAAAUCAAAGUCGAAAGCGGACGUGUUGAAGUCUCCAACGGGUGACAAUCUUCCCAAGCUGCAGGAGGCGAAGAAAUCCGAGAACGAGCUUCACUGGGAGGAGCUGGUGAAGAAGCUGAAGCGGCCGUUGGCCCUCUGCGACCUCGACUUCACCGAUCUGAAUUCCGACGACGAGGUCGACGUUCUUGGCCCCGUGAACGUGACGAACGGCGUUCCACCGCCCCCGCCGCCCAUGGUGCCAGUCACCGGCGGCAUUCGUGCACCUCCGCCACCUCCGUUGGGGGCGAGAUUGCCACCGCCCGUGCCCCAGGCACCUCCGCCGCUGUUCGGCGUGAAUCUCAAGUCGCCGAGGUCACCAAACGCGAACGAGACCAGCAAUACGCCAAAGAGUCCGCCGGCGACCUUCACGAAGAAGAGCAAGAAGACGGUGAAGCUGUUCUGGAAAGAGGUCAGGGACGACCCCAUCAUAUUGUCCAGGCUCGAUAAGAACAAGAUGAUAUGGGACGAGCUGUCGCCGGUACCUGUUGACACGCAGAAGCUCGAGCACCUGUUCGAGAGCCGCGCCAAGGAUCUCAUCACGAAGAAACAGCAAGAGAUGAACAAGAACAAGGAGAUCAUCGUGCUGGACCAUAAACGAUCGAACGCGAUCAACAUAGGGAUGACCAAGUUGCCUCCGCCGAGAUCAAUUAAAACCGCGAUCUUGAAAAUGGACGCUACGAUUAUGAACAGAGAGGGUAUCGAGAAACUAUUGACGAUGCUGCCAACCGAGGAGGAGAGAUCCAGGAUACAAGAGGCGCAGGCCGCCAAUCCUGACCUACCUUUGGGAUCGGCCGAGCAGUUUCUUCUAACUUUGGCCUCCAUUUCGGAGUUGCCCGCCAGGCUGAAACUUUGGGCGUUCAAGCUGGACUUCGAGAAUUCGGAGAAGGAAAUUGCGGACCCUUUGAUGGAUCUGAAGCAGGGAAUGGAGACCCUGCGAGUGAAUAAAACGUUCCGCGGGAUUCUGAGCACGCUCCUUUCGAUCGGGAUAUUCCUCAACGGAAAUGAGGUGAAGGGCUUUCAGCUGGAAUACCUCGCCAAAGUACCUGAAGUGAAGGAUACGGUUCACAAGCACUCGCUGCUUCAUCACCUUUGCCACAUGGUGAUGGAGAAGUUUCCGGAUUCCACGGAUCUCUAUUCGGAGAUCGGUGCAGUGACAAGAGCAUCGAAGAUCGACUUCGACGAGCUUGCAGCGAACAUUGGGAAACUGGAGAGCGAGUGUAAGGCAUCCUGGGACCACCUGAAGCUCAUCGCGAAGCACGACGGCUCUACGAUGAUGAAAGUCAAAAUGUCCGACUUCCUGGCGGACUGCGCGGAGAGGAUAAUCGUGCUGAGCAUCGUGCACAGGCGGAUCAUAAAUCGAUUCCACAAAUUCAUCCUCUGGCUGGGCAUACCGUUGCACAGGGUGCAGGACACGAAGCCGAACGAGUUCUGCCGGAUUGUGUCCGAGUUCGCGCUCGAGUACAGAACCACCCGUGAGCGGGUGAUACAGCAGCUGGAGAAAAAAGCCAAUCACCGUGAAAGAAAUAAGACCAGGGGAAAGAUGAUCACAGAGGUUGGUAAAUUCAGGACGAAAGAGGAUCGCGCGGACGCGGAGCUCAGGCAACUGCUUGGAAGCGAUAUCUCCGAUGUCGAGAGUAUUCACGGAACUCUACCCUGGAGGAGACAGAGGAAAGACGGUCGUACAUCGUUGGGACCGUUGCUUCGCGAUGAAAACACGAAUGGAAACCUGACCGACGGCGACGACGAGUUGCUGGAAUCGCUGGUGAAGACCGCGACGAAGACGCCGGCGACGAGAACGACGCCGAGAGAGCGCAAGAGGACCAGACACGCCGAUCGUAAGUCUUUGCGUAGAACGCUGAAGAACGGCCUCUCGGAAGAGGAGAAGAAGCACAUUGCCGCCUACAUCAAGGGCUACUGACUGUGAUAAAACUCGAACCCCGUAACUCGUCCACGAGAAGAGAGGAAGGAUAAUAGCACGAUCAUCGAACCCUCGAUCGGACGUUGAUGACACGGCCAGGACAUUGCGAUUUCACGGAGGCACAACCUACGAACGCGACGAACAUGAAUGAAUGCCAACACUCCCCCGGGGGAAUCGCAAAACAUACACCAAGGUUAUGCGUUAAAAAAGAAUUAUAUAUACACACACAUAUAUAUAUAUAUAUAUAUUUCGAUCGAACUUUCUGUAUGCUGGCAGAAAGCUGUUGUUUUCUAUGAAAUUCGUCGUCGAACAGACGAUACUCGAGGCCUUCCAUUUCUAGACCUUAUC